AUGCAUUUCAACGCACUCCUAUCCGGCGCUGUCGCCGCUCUGCUCGCCACGGGCGUCGCUGCCGACUGCUCCCCGACCCACCCUAUCGGCGACAAGUGCCCGUCCACGAGCGAAGGCGCCCGCUUCUGUGACCCCUCGUGCUCCAGUAUUAUCAUCUGCCACGACGGCGUCGUCAAGCUGAACAACAAGUGCAACCCUGGCUGCUGCAAGUACCAGAACGGCGGCAUCCCCUACUGCUCCUGCUAA